GCUGCGUGGUCAGCUUACUCUCCACCCUGCCCGCACCAUGCAGCCCUUAAGCUGGCUCUGGCUUGUGCCGCUAGUGGCCGCGGCCACGGCCGCCCCUCGCUGCCCGCCCGGCUGCCACUGCCUUGGGGACCUGCUGCACGUCGUGUGCGAGAACAAGGGGCUGCGCAAGGUGCCGCGGGUGAGUAACAAGGUGCGGCUACUGAGCCUGCAGCAGAACAACUUCCCGGUGCUGCCGGCCGGCGGCUUCAGCACCUUGAAGAGCCUGGUGUCCCUUCACAUGCAAGGCUGCAGCAUCCGAGAGAUCCGGGCCGGGGCUUUCCGCCGCCUCAAGAAGCUCGUCUACCUCUACCUGUCCAACAACGAAAUCAGCUCCAUCCGGCCCGGCGCCUUCCAGGACCUGUCGCAGCUCACCUACCUCUACCUGGACCACAACCGCAUCAGCGACCUGUCCAAGGGACUGCUCAGCCCGCUCAACAGCCUCUUCUUGCUGCAACUCAGCCACAACAGGAUGGGCCAGAUCGGGCCGGGCAGCUUCGCCGGGGCGCGGGAGCUGCGCUGGCUGCAUCUCAGCAACAACGGCCUGACCUCCAUCCGCCCGCGGGCGCUGGACGACGUGGAGAACCUGGCCACGCUGCACCUGGACGACAACAAGUUGAGCAGCUACCCGGCGGCGGCGCUCAGCAAGCUGCGGGUUGUGGAGGAGCUCCGGCUCGACUCCAACCCCAUCCGCACCGUGCCCGACAACGCUUUCCACUCCUUCGGCAGAUACGUCGAGCGCAUCUGGCUGACGCACAUGCAACUGGAGAAGUUUUCAGAUGGAGCUUUCAAUGGCGUCACUGCCCUCUCCGCUCUCCACUUGGAUGAAAACAAGUUGCGGUCUCUGCCUCAAAGCCUCACCUUUACCAAAAUGAAAAACUUGACCAUGUCCAACAACCCGUGGGACUGCACUUGUUCACUGGCUGCUGCCCGAAGAUGGAUGGACACCAGCAGGAACCACCCUGAUGGAACCUGCGCUUCUCCCAGCCAAUACCGGGGUCAGGAAAUCCAGGAAACCAACGCCUUCCAGGCCUGCAAAGAACGUGCAAAACGCAACCGGAUGAAGCCGCUCUGAGCAGUAGGUAAUAGGAAUGUCCGUCCUGGAGACUGGCUCCUCCACCAACCACGCCAACUGCUGACUCCUCACAGCCAAUUCCCACGCACACAGAAGGAAUUUCUCAGUCACCCUCCACGGUAAUCGUGAAUCAGCUACAAAUUCCUCAGACCUUUGAAGAGCAUGUAACGAUUGCAGCUUCAGCACAGUGAGAUCUUCUCACUGUCCAUGUGUGUGUCCCUCGAUAGUCCCAUCGCUUACAAACAGCUAUGGAAAUCAAGCUGUUCAUGGCAAUGGGGCAAACGGGCUUCUAGCUAGAAGCAUCUUUUUAACGAUACACACAGGCUUUUGUCAAAAUUAUAAAUAUAUAUACGUGUAUAUUUAUGUAUACAUAUAGGAUAUUCCUCAGUCAGUAGCUUCCUCCCCCCACACUCUGUGCCAUGCCAGAUAAUGUUACACCAAACUCCUCCACAGACGUAGUACUUCAGGUAACUAACACUCCCGAUUACAGACCUCGCCUGACCAACAGGGCAGUCCCGUCACCUCAUAAACUCGUCCACUUACUGCAACCUGCCCAUUUCCAAUCUCCAUCACCAAAGAUUCAUACUGUCACUCAGUCACAGAUUUGUGGAAGAAAAUUUUGCCCCAACUACCCUUCUCAUUCACCACUUUGUGACUUAAACUUGUGAGCUCUGAUAACUUUCCUCCACACUAACGGCUCUCCCUGUUAGAGGAACCAAAGUAUUGGUUUUGAAAAGUGUUUAUGAUAUUUGUAAAGGAACAAAAUAUAAUGUGUACGAAAUGAAGGUGUUGACUACCCUGCAUGAAUGCACCAUCUAGGUUGCGAUAUCAUAUUUACCUUUAAAUGGGAGUUAUACAGUGAAAGAGCAGAGGGGAGGGAAGAGUUCCAGGGGGCAGAAUGUGUGCUACUGGACACAUUUUAGGCAGCUCUAUUCUCUGUAGAGGUCCUGGAUAAAUUUAAUUUGAAUACUUCCGAGACAGCAUAAGACAGCGGAAUAGUCUCUCAUUGAGGAGAGAAAAGAUCCAGGGGCUGGAAGGCCAAACACUCCAGUCCUUUGAUGAUGUGACCCUGAACACUGACCAUACAAUCCCAACAACACAGCAGGGUCCAACCUAAUGAACUAAUUUACGGACAAGCUCGCAGGCAGAUCACAGGCAGCUAAAGAGAUUGGUUUAGGCUCAAAUUUCUUUAGAAACACCUGAAUGCAGGAAAGGAGUGGCCAUGAGCAUUGUAUAGAACACAACAGAUCCAUGGCUAUAAUCCAUGGUUUAUAACACUGCCAUCAAAGCACAGCCUCCAACUUAUGCAACAUCUUUUUAUGAGAUAGUUCUAAUUUCUCCUCAAUGGAAUUAUUGGCUAUGAGGUUUUGGAAGCCUACAGUAAAAAAGCAAUUGCCAUUGGAUUAAACACAGAGGCAUUGCAUUAAACUUAGCCCAAAAUCCAAAGCCAAGGCUCUGCCUCUCUGCUGAGGCAUCCCAAGAGGGCAUGACUGAGGGAACAUUAUUGUACUCAAGUUUGCUGCACCUGAUAUGGGAAUACAUUGGAGCUUUGCACAGCACAAACCAUGGCCUUAAAAUAUAUGCUAUAAAAAUCAACAGUUUAAUCAGGUCUCAUUCAAUUGUUUAAUGGGUCUUCAGACUGAGUUACAAUCAAUUUUCAUUUUGCGUUUUUUUUUUAAUGCCCUCUUUCUUUCCAACUUUUUGAGAACCCUCACUUGUCGGGGAUCAGGAAUUGCCAGGAGCAGUGAUGGGAAGCCCAACAAACCGGAGAGCAGUCUAGACAUGUCCACACUCUGCUUGACUCCUGUGCAUCAGUGAAACACAUUAUAACAACACAAGAUCGGUCCUGGUGUGUGUUGCCCAUCGUAACCCUCACCACCCAGUCGCUCACAAUGAACAGUGUCAAGUCUUACUUCUCAUUUAUGCAGAUGUUGCUGGCAGCUUCUCUUCUGAAUCAUUAGGGCCAGUAAUGGGUUAUAAUAUAGUGGAGAAAAUCACGAUGCUGGAUGUGAUGGAACUGAAUGUACCAUCUGUAAAGUGUUUGGUGUAUCGGUAUUUUCUUGGGCUCAAGAGGCACAGACAAGGAAGUGUCUUCAUAAUGAAAUGUUGCACCUGAGGUAGCGGGUGCAUUAGAACAUCCAUCGAACCAGGUCCAUUUAGAUCACAAAUAUUACCCUAGCUCAGACAGACAGCUUGUUCCCUGACUGUUUCUCGGUCGUAAUGGUGAAAUCCCUGCUAUAACAGCUGCGUGGGGGUGCAUUCACCACAAGGACUGCAGUGAUUCAAGAUGCCAACCCCACCACCUCCUGAUAGAUAAUGAAAUCCAUCUUGGCAGUGAGAGACACCCACAUCCCAAGAUCAACAAAUUAGGACAACCCAGCAGCCAAAUGAGCAUCUGUGAAUGCCAAACACGGCCUCCAAUAUUAUUCCAGAUAACACUACAAAGUCUACCCUGCAACAUAUAAACGCAUCAUAUCUGCCCCAGUUCUUUCAUGCACAACCUGCCCCCUACCAUCUUACCAGGUAGAGUCAUCAUGGAGGAAGGGCACCCAGGUUCCUGCUAGCCUGAUCAUCAGCAGCACACAGGAGUCUUUAGCUGUCUCACUACCAGACACCUGGCAACCUGUCCUCUACAAUAACACAGCAAGUUGUCAGGUUCCAAAUGUAAUGUUGUCAAACACAGUUGUUGGCGGAGAGAUUAUUGCUCCCUGCCGUGUCGGGAGCUGCGAGGGGUUGCUGUAAUAUUUUAUCUUCAUGCUGAAGUCACUGUAUAUAAAAUGUUAGUAGAACCUGGUGCAGGCCACUCUUAAAAGGGCGCAAGUGACAUUAUGGGCUUUAAAAUGUCUUGGGAAUGACGUCUGCCACCAAGCUGACAUUCUCAUUUCCAGUAAGUAUGAAUUGCUGAGCAACUCUUCUGCACUUUACUUGCUAUAAGUCUAUCAAUAAAAACUAUUUUUCAUAUCA